CGUAAGGGCGUGCAUCAUCGCUAUACACGCUAGAAGUAGAGAGAUGAAACCCGGACGUGUUCUCGUAAAAAAAACCGGAUUUGAUAAUCGCCGAUAGGUCCGGGACUUUUUGUAAUUAGAAGAUAGCUCUUCCUUGUUGAUUUUUCUUUUUCUCUUUUCGGUCAUAAUUGAUAAUACCAUAAAGAAGAAAAAACGCGGAAACAAGAAAAACAAAAAAGGCGUUUGAAACCCUAAUUCACCUCCGAUUUCCUUCUCUUCUCAAUUCUAUCAUUAAAAAAAAAUACGUUAAUUUUUGAAUCGAUCGAUCGCUGUUUAGCGACUCUACAGGGUGGUGGGUUUGUUUUUCUACUAAUCCAUGACUUAACUAACAAUCGAUUUCGGUUUUUCUUUGAGGUUGAAAGAUGGAUUUGGUAGCUAGUUGCAAGGACAAAUUGGUGUAUUUUCGAAUAAAAGAGCUGAAGGAUGUCCUGACUCAGUUAGGUCUUUCAAAGCAGGGGAAGAAGCAGGACCUUGUUGACCGGAUAUUAGCUAUUCUGUCUGAUGAACAAGUUUCCAAGAUAUGGGCAAAGAAGAGCGCCAUUGGAAAGGAAGAGGCGGCAAAACUAGUGGAUGACACUUACAGGAAAAUGCAAGUGUCCGGGGCCACUGAUUUAGCAUCAAAGGGACAGGGCGCGUCUAAUUGCAGUAAUUCCAAAUUUAGUGGAGAAAUGGAUGAACCAUUUCACUCUGAUACAAAAGUUCGCUGUCCAUGUGGAACCUCAUUGGAGACAGAGUCGAUGAUUAAGUGUGAGGAUUUUAAAUGUCAUGUGUGGCAACACAUUGGUUGCGUUAUAAUUCCAGAAAAAGCCAUGGAGGGCACUCCACAAUUUCCGGAUGUGUUCUAUUGUGAGACUUGUCGACUAAGCAGGGCUGACCCCUUUUGGGUUACAGUUGCACAACCUCUAUAUCCUGUGAAGCUGGUUGCUAGAAAUGUUCCAACUGAUGGUUCAAGCCCAGAGCAGGGUGUGGAGAAAACAUUUCAUCUCACUAGAGCAGACAAGGAUCUACUGGCAAAACAAGAAUAUGAUGUUCAGGCCUGGUGCAUGCUUUUGAAUGACAAAGUUCCAUUUAGGAUGCAAUGGCCGCAGUGUGCAGAUCUCCAGGUUAAUGGUAUUGCUGUUCGUGCUAUUAAUAGACCUGUCUCGCAAUUGCUAGGCGCUAAUGGUCGUGAUGAUGGUCCAAUUAUCACGUCAUGUGCAAAAGAUGGAAUCAAUAAGAUAUCAUUAACCGGAUGUGAUGCUCGAAUCUUCUGCUUAGGAGUUAGAAUUGUAAAGCGGCGAACAGUUCAACAGAUACUCAACUUGAUUCCCAAGGAGUCUGAAGGUGAGAAUUUUGAAGAUGCACUUGCUCGUGUUUGUCGCUGCGUUGGUGGUGGAACUGCAACAGAUAAUGCCUAUAGUGACAGUGACAGUGACCUGGAAGUUGUUGCAGAUUCUUUUGGUGUCAAUCUUCGUUGUCCUAUGAGCGGUUCAAGAAUGAAGAUUGCAGGAAGAUUCAAAUCUUGUGCGCACAUGGGCUGUUUUGACCUGGAAGUUUUUGUGGAGCUGAACCAGCGUUCUAGGAAGUGGCAGUGCCCCAUCUGUCUCAAGAACUACUCCUUGGAAAAUAUAAUCAUUGACCCAUAUUUCAAUCGCAUCACAUCUAAGAUGAGGCAUUGCGGGGAAGAUAUAACGGAGAUUGAGGUGAAGCCUGAUGGUUCCUGGCGAGUGAAAACAAAAACUGAAUCUGACCAUAGGGAUGCUGGAGAACUUGCUCAAUGGCACAAUCCUGAUAGCACUCUCUGUGUCCCUUACACUGGAGAACUCAAAUCAAAAGUGGAAAUGAAGCAGAUCAAGCAGGAAGGUGGUUCAGAAGGUAAUGCUGGUGCUAGUUUGAAACUUGGAAUCAGAAAGAAUCGUAAUGGGUUUUGGGAAGUCAGUAAACCUGAUGAUAUGAACACCUCCUCUUCAGGUAGAUUGCAAGAAAACUUUGAACUCUAUGAACAGAAAGUUAUUCCUAUGAGCAGCAGUGCUACUGGUAGUGGUCGUGAUGGGGAAGAUCCAAGUGUAAAUCAAGAUACUGGUGAAAAUUUUGAAUUCACAAACAAUGGAAUGGAGCUUGAUUCUUUAUCGUUGAAUGUAUAUUCAACGUAUGGAUUCACUGACCAAAAUUUAUCUGCACCAGUAGGGAACGCAGAAGUCAUUGUUCUUAGUGAUUCAGACGACGAAAAUGAUAUAUUAAUUUCCUCUGGAUCUGUCUACAAGAGUAAUCAAAAUGGUGGUGCUACUAUUUCUGUGCCCUCUCCUGGAAUUGCAGAUCAUUUUCUGGAAGAUCCUACACUUGGGACUGGUGGAAAUUCUUGCUUGGGUCUUUUCAAUGCUGAUGAAUAUGGGAUGCCCCUCUGGCCACUACCUCCCGGAAACCAAGCUGGUCCAGGAUUCCAAUUAUUUAAUUCAGAUGUCUCAGAUGCCUUGGUUGAUUUACCUCAUGAUCCCAUUAACUGUCCCUCUUCUAUGAAUGGCUACGCAUUAGCUCCAGAAACUGUCAUGAGAUCUACUUGUUUAAUUCCAGAUUCUUCUACUGGUCGAUCAGACACGGAUGUAAAUGAUGGUUUGGUUGAUAAUCCCUUGGCUUUAGGCAGAGAAGAUCCCAGUCUUCAAAUCUUUCUUCCAACUGGGCCUUCAGAUGCAUCAAUGCAGUCUGAUAUGAGGGAUCAAGCUGAUGUGUCAAAUGGUGUCCGUACUGACGAUUGGAUCUCUCUUAGGCUUGGUGGUGGUGGUGCUACUGGCAAUCACGGCGAGGCAGUUCCUUCAACAAAUAGACUGAAUUCAAGGCAGCAGAUGCCUUCUAGAGAAGAUGGCAUGGAUUUGGCUGGCACUGAUUCUUUGCAUCUUGGUAUCAAUGAUGGCAGAUCUGAAAAGGCAAGUCGACAAAGAUCAGACAGUCCUUUCUCAUUUCCUCGCCAAAAACGUUCUGCAAGACCACGCUUGUAUCUUUCUAUUGACUCGGACUCUGAGUGAAGGGAAGUGAAUCUUUUUUGCUGAGAUAAUUGCUGCUUUUGUUUGAGAUUUUUGCGGACAGAAGACAUUUGCUUGGGUGAUAAGGUGAUUUUCAAGUUAAAGACCUGUACGUAGAAUGUGGAAAGAAUUGUAGUCCAUACGACGUUGGAGUCCCGCACAUGGCAAUCGAUGAGCUCACGCUGUGAGCGCCUUCUUCAAUUUUGUGAAGCAUACAAUGGUUUCUGAUAUUGUCAACAAGCUCCUAGCCAAUUUUCAACAGAUUAAUUUAAGUUGCUGGUAAAUUGUACAGCCUACGGAGAACUCAAUUAAAUCCAUUGGUUCCCUUGGAUUUUCAGGAUUGUCCCAUUUAGUAAAAUCUUCGUGGUCAUAUGCUUAAUGAUGAGAGCCAAUUAGCCUGUAAAUAUCGCUCAGAUUCAGAGCCAAUACACUCCUCCUUUGAUUUGUCUUCACUCUUCACCCCUUGUUCUUUUUUGUCGCCUACCAUCAUCCUUUUCUUGAAUCAAUUCUCCCAAAAUCAAUAAAUUGACAUCGCCACAUUUCGCUUUA